GAAUCCGGGGAGGUGCCUCACUGUCGGUACGGCCGUUGGUGUUUCCGCCGCUUUGAGAACGUCCCUCCGUUGCCGCCAUCUUGGGGAGGCCCUCAUGCCCGUCUGCCAUUUUGGGAAGGUCGCCUGAACCAUCCCGGGAGGGUGGCGCUCGCGCCAUGUUGGGAGUGGCAUAUAAAAAUGUGACGUCACGGUGCCGGUGUUGUGACGUCACUGGGGCGUGGCGUCACAGCGGGGGGCGGGGCCGCAGGCAGGCCCCGCCCGGGGGGCCGGGCCGGUCCCGGUGGCGGCGGGCGGUGGCGGGGGCCAUGGCCAAGGCCUACGACCACCUCUUCAAGCUGCUGCUGAUCGGGGACAGCGGCGUGGGCAAGACUUGCCUCGUCAUCCGCUUCGCCGAGGACAACUUCAGCAGCACCUACAUCUCCACCAUCGGGAUCGAUUUCAAGAUCCGCACUGUGGAUAUCGAUGGCAAGAAGAUCAAGCUGCAGGGACACGGCGGGACAGGAGCGCUUCAAAACCAUCACCACGGCCUAUUACCGCGGAGCCGUGGGCAUCGUGCUGGUGUACGACAUCACGGACGAGAAAUCCUUCGAGAACAUCCAGAACUGGAUGAAAAGCAUCAAGGAGAACGCCUCGGCCGGGGUCGAGCGGCUCCUCCUGGGCAACAAGUGCGACAUGGAGGGGAGGAGGAAAGUGCAGCGGGACGCGGCCGAGAAGCUGGCCAGGGAACACGGGAUUCGCUUCUUCGAGACCAGCGCCAAGUCCAGCCAGAACGUGGAGGAGGCUUUCCGCACGCUGGCGCGGGACAUCCUGCACAAAUCCUUCCGCAAAGCCCCCCCCGGCAGCAGCAGCAGGGCCCUGCUGGAGCCCGGCCCCCCCCGGAAGGCCGGCGGGAGGUGCUCGCUGGGGUAGGGGCUCCCCGAGACCCCCGGGGCAGCGCGGGCGCCUCUCCGGAGGGAUCUGGGGGGAUCGGGGGGAUCUGGGGCUGCCCCCCGCUCUCCUUGUGCCAUAAAGCCCCGCUGUGCCUUGUCCCGGCUCCGCAGUGUCUUUGAUGGGGGUGGAGGGGGCGGAACGGGACCGGGA